AAACACCAGUAGCUGCAGGGCUCCCCAGGCAUGCCGCAUAAGCCAGACAGACAGGUAGACACUCUCUGCCAGUGACUGAAUACUCCAGGCUGCUGUGAAACAUGAUCCUAAGAGGCAUUUGUUCCCAACAUUUGGAAAACACACCCAGAAUACAAGGAGGAGUCAAUUAGGAUUAAAGCACAGAUUGAGAACUAGGCAAAACAUUCCCUUUCCAGGUGAGACGGUAACAAACAAGCUGUUCGGACCUUUAAGUAUGCGUACAAUUGGAAGCAAACAGAUGAUGAUAUGGCUUGUGAUAACUGUACUCUACAUAAUCACUGCAAUGAACACAGCUCAACAGCUAAAACAAGCAAGAAUACCUUUUAUACAGAAUAAACCUUUCCUCGCAGUAUGGAAUGCACCCACAGAACAGUGCAAACAAAGAUACAAAGUUGACCUUGACUUAAGUAUCUUUGACAUUGUUGCUAACCCAAAUGAAACCUUAAUAGGGUCCAAUGUCACUAUAUUUUACCAUACGCACCUUGGGCACUAUCCCUAUUUCACAGAUGAAGGAGAGCCUGUGAAUGGAGGUGUUCCUCAAAAUGAGAGCCUCAAAAAACACCUAAAUAAAUCAGAACAUGAUAUAAACAGACUUAUACCUAAUUUGGAUUUCAAAGGCCUGGGAGUAGUUGACUGGGAAAACUGGAGACCACAAUGGGAUAGGAACUGGGGAAGCAAACUUAUUUAUAGAAACAAAUCCAUAGAACUUGUUAAAAAUCAUCACCCAACAUGGUCUGAUGAACAACUAAAGAAGAAGGCAAAAGAAGAAUUUGAUAAUGCAGCCAAGGAAUUCAUGACUAAAACCAUUGCUCUGGCCCAGGAAAAAAGAUCAAAAGGUCUCUGGGGGUAUUAUCUCUUCCCUGAUUGUUACAACUAUGAUUACAAAGAAAAUCCUCAAUCCUAUACAGGCAGAUGUCCAGAUAUUGAAAUGACACGUAAUGAUUUGCUCAAGUGGCUGUGGAAAGAAAGCAAUGCCCUUUACCCUUCCAUAUAUUUAGACUAUGUACUUAAAUCUUCUCCAAAUGUACUUAAGUUUGUUCAUCAUCGUGUAAAGGAAUCCAUGAGAGUGGCAUCAAUGGCGAGAAAGGACUACAGUUUGCCUGUUUUUGUCUAUUCAAGGCCAUUUUAUUCAUACACUCUUUAUACUUUGUCAGAGGCUGACCUAAUCUAUACAAUUGGAGAGAGUGCUGCCUUGGGGGCUGCAGGGAUUGUGCUGUGGGGAGGAAUGCAAUAUGCCAGUACAAAGGAAAGCUGCAUCACUGUGAAGAAAUACAUUGAUGGACCUUUAGGGCAUUAUCUUGUUAAUGUGACUGCAGCUGCCAAAAUGUGUAGUAAAGUUCUAUGCAAAAAGAAUGGGAGGUGCCUUAGAAAUAACAUAGACUCCCCAGAUUACUUACAUUUGAAUCCAAAUCAUUUUAAGAUUAAGAAACAUUUUUCUGGGAAAGGCUUUUUUGCAACUGGGAAACCAGGGUGGGAAGAUAUCCAUUACAUGGAGCAAAGGUUUAUGUGCCAGUGCUAUGAAGGAUGGACUGGUGUUUUCUGUGAGCUUCCAGAACAAGUUGGAAGAAAGGAAAAAAUAUCACCAAACAGUUUAGGCAGAUCAGUGCUGCCCCUAUGUAUUAUAUAUUAUGUGCUGCUUUACACUAUUUUGUCUGAAACACUAAAUGUUUAAACAUGUAUUGCAUAACAAUGUAUUUUAGAUGUAACAGUAAGCAAAAAUACUUUAUGCAAAUGAGAGAGGGAGAAAGAAAGAAAGGAUAAUGCAUGCCCUACUGUAAUUUAUAAGGCUAUAGAAAUUCAUUAAGGAAUUCAAUUACAUAAAAUGCCAAGUUAACUUCCAAUGGCUUUUUACAUUUUACUUGGGGCUAUAUUACUGUUUAUACACUACAGCUUUUCCAGUAAAAGGAUGUUUGGGCUGCUAUAAUCUCCUCAGGGACAGGUGUCCCAUUUUUACUGUCUUCUCUUAACCAUCUUUCGCCUCCUAUUCACAUGUAAACCCACCUUAAACACAGGAGACCUUAAGAGGGUUUACAGUAUGAGGCAUGAGCUGCCACCCUAGAUUCUGACAGCCUUAUCAAUAUAUGCAGUGCUGCUGUUGGGAAGCAGAAAGCGCUCUUGUGCAGUCAAAUGACCAUAGACAAAAUGCUGCUCAUUGUAAAUUGUAUGCCUGCCACAGAUACUGAUAAUACAUAUAAACACAUGUAUAGUAUAUAUUGUAUUUAUGUAUAGUAUAUAUUAUUUUCAUGCUUUUCUAGUAUUGUAUUACCAUAAAACUUUACAUUUCGGCCUUCAUACAAGGAUGGCUGAACAGCCCCAUCUAGUGCUGAAAAAUGAUAAGACAUCCUUCACCAAAUAACAGAGGUCUUCUCCAAAAGGCAUGGUAAAAAUGUUCCUUAGUUAUCACAUAAAUUAACCUUAUUGUUCAGGCAGGAUGGUGAAGGGCCCACUGGGGCUCCCGCCCCAGGGGCCCUGCAGGUGUCGCUGCGCUUCCCUCCUCAGGGGCCCCCCACCCGACGUCCUCCCCCGAGCGUGAAAAUUUAAUACAUUAGGGGAGGAGCUGUCAGGCAGGGGGAGCACAGGAAAAGGGUCGGGUCUGGGCAGCCGGGGCCCACUAGAGCCGGGACCCACCGGGAUUUUUCCCUGUGUCCCAGUCCGACCCUGUGUUCAGGGCUGUACAAUUACAGGCCACAGGCCAGAUGUGACCCAUCAAAAGAUUUUGAUGGCUUCCAGAUUUCUCAAGUUCUCCACUCUUAGGAUGCCAUUUUAUUAUAAUCUGCCCCCAAACAUUUAUUAUAGUAAAUAAUGAACCCACUAUAUGGAAGCAGUUGAGCAUUUAUAUGUGGAUUUCUCACUUACAAGGAUGGAGACAUAUAGGCAAAUAUUUAUAAACAGAGGUUCUUAACUGCAACAGAGUAGUUACCAAUAGCAACCAAUCAGUUCGUUGAUUUAAUUUUCAAGUUUGGAGAAGACUGUUCAAAGCUGAUUGCCGACAGCUUGCUUUUUGCACCUGGACUUGUACAAUUUAUCACGUAAUGUUAGUAAAUGUGCCUUUUGGUCUGCUAAGCCAUGUCAUGUUCUGCUAAAAUCCCAAAAGUUUAUGUGUGCAUUUUAAAGUUCUGCAUAAGAUACUACUUUUUAAAAUAAAAUCAACGUUUUUUUUU